CCCAUCAAUCAGAACAAAUCUAGGGCAUGUUUUUGCUUUCCACACUCAAAUUAAUUCACUAGAACAAGGAGAGGAGGGGUUUCCAGUUUCUACAUCCGUGUUCUCAUAUAUCCAUCUAGUAGAUAUUUCAAUCGGAUUUGGAGAAUGGAGGAGGAGAAAGAUGAGUCUGGGAGGAUGAAUUUCAGAUGCAUUCAUUGUGGUUGUAAGAUUAAAUUGUUGUUUAUUCAAUACUCACCUGGAAAUAUUCGGUUGAUGAAAUGUGGGAAUUGCAAAGUAGUCGCUGACGAAUACAUCGAAUGUGAGAUCAUGAUUCUACUCAUUGAUUUGGUCAUGCACAAAACCAAAGCUUAUAGGCACUUGCUGCUUAAUGCACCAACUCUUCACCCUGUUGAUUUCAAGGGUGUAUUGUGGAAGUCAGCCAUCCUUUAUCUUCUUCUCGAUGGAUACAGGAAUUUUCUUUUGAAGGAAGAUUCGAGUCUGUCUUUGAACUCUAUUUCAUCUUCUUUGAUAUGUGUAAAGAUGCUGAUAGAUGUCCUCCUAGUAAACUUUGUCUUCUUUUAUGUUCUAUUUCUUGUGGAUACAAGGAUUCUUCAAACUGCAUCUGCUGGAGCCACCAGGUACAUAGACAUAUCUCUGGCUAUCUUCAUUUCUAGCUACAUGAGGAUCUUUCUCGCAGCCAUGAUGGUUUGGGACUUCCCUUCGUCUGUGGUUUAUAUCAUUGAUAUGUUUGUCUUAUCCUCAAAUGCUGUGGCUUUAAAAGUUGUGACCGAAUCGAGAAUGAGCAGAUGUAUAUGGCUAUGUUGUAGCGCUCAUGCUGUGAAGUUCUUGGCCAGCUUUAUGAUGGGUGGAUGACCGGUAUUUCUUCUUCAUCUAUCUAACAUGGCAAAGAAAAUCCCUUUCACAAGUAUUCUAGGCAUUUGCAUUUAGUGCAUUAUUGCUUCUUCUAAGGGGAAGAUCAUAAGGGAAGCAUUGCAGCAUCUAAAUGUCAGCAUUGUUUGGAUUUCCCUUUAUCUCUAGAAAAGGAAAUAGAUCAGCUGAAUGCAGGAGCAACAACAAUAGACGGAAACAAUGCCUAAUUUCAUUUCUUCAAGUUUAAAAUUAUGUCUUUUAAUUGUUUUCAUUUGUUCAAUCUUUAGUUAACUCUGUAAGAGAGGUUGAAGAAAUCAGCUUUCACAUGAUGAAAGAAUACUGUCUUUUGAUUGUCUUCAACUUUGUCACAUCUCAAUCUCCUGUAAUAUCCUUACAAGUUACAAUCUAAAAUACUGUUGUGGAUUAUCUUUA